CUCCGGCUGCGGUCGACAUCGUCAGUAUUCUGACAUCCCACCUACCAUUACAUUGAUUGACUUAUUCGAACGACUUUAGAUGACUGCAUCACGGAAAGGAAAAGCGCCGGAUCGUAAAACCACAUCCAAGUCUGCCACGAAAAGAAAGCUACCUGACAAGGACGAUCCAACUGCCGAACCCUCCAAGAAGCCACGAGUCUCCAUUGCCGAUCUGCUGUCUUCUCAACAAAGUACUGAAUCGAAUGACAGUUCGCGGAUGGGGGAGGGCUACGGAGACCUUGAUAGAAGAGCAGGAAAGAUGGCAACCCAAACCUCUCCUCCGGCAAAGCCGCUCUCCAAACAGGACAUGUACUCCUUCCCAUCCAAGAACGCCACGAGCAAUGUAGUCGACCUAACGAGCUCCCAAUCGUCCCCAGGGUCCCAAAAGAGAAAAGCAUCCUUUGCAGGCGUGAGGACGCCAUUCAAUCCUCAUCAGGGACCCAAGAAGUUGGUUGUCAAGAACCUGCGGACAGUCCCUCGAAUAGAUCCCCAGCAAUACUUCGAACAGAUAUGGUCACAAGAGGACAAGGGUCUUGAUGCGGUCUUCACAAAUCAAAAGCUCUCAUAUUCGCUCGAAGAACUAUAUAAAGGUGCAGAGAACGUCUGUCGACAGGGUAAGGCGGCCGAGUUGUAUGCUAGGUUAAGCAGGAAGCUCGAAGUCCACCUUACGGACACCGUUAGGGACAGUAUUCGACGUGAUGAAGGAUCGUCUUCAGACAUCGACGUUUUGCGGAGUUUCGUCAGCGCUUGGACGACAUGGCAGAAGCAACUGCUGACUAUACGGCAAAUAUUCUACUACCUAGACCAAACCUACCUGCUCCGAUCGGCCGACAACCCAACCAUAACGGAGACGGGCGUGGUCAAAUUCAGAUCCUGCGUGUUCUAUGAUGAUUUGAUAAAGCCAAAGGUCUUGAACGGCGUUGUGGCGCUGAUUGACUCGGACCGAAAGGGUGUUCUCAAUGAGAAAGAUGCAAGUCUAUUGCGUCAAGCCAUCGAUUCAUUCCACGACCUGAGUGUCUAUACAAGCGAUUUCGAGCCGGCAAUGACAUCGAAAACCGAGCAAUACUUCCGGCACUGGCGUGACACAGAAGCAACCAAAGACAAUCUCGCCACCUACGUCAACAACUGCACUGAUCUAUUAGCACGGGAGAUGGGUCGUUGUGAUUUCCUCACCCUAGACCGGAGUACAAGAGCCCAAAUUUCGAACUUGUUCGAUACAAUUCUGGUUGAAGAAGAGACAGACGUUCUUUCGAAUGAGGACAGUAUAUUGGACCUCUUCGAGGACGACAAGUAUGAGGAGACGGAAAGGCUUUACAGCAUUCUCCAACGCAGAUCACACGGCGAAAAGGUUGCGCCGAGUUUCAGCAAAUACGUCGAGACAGAGGGAUCCAUGAUUGUCUUUGACGAGAAACGGGAGUCGGAAAUGGUUAUCAGACUUCUCGAGUUCAAACGGAGGCUGGACCGAUACCUCAAGUACUCAUUCCAUGGCGAUGAUAGACUAGGCAAUGCUCUGCACAAAGCAUUCGAACUGUUCAUCAACAAGACCAAGAAAACCCAAUCCAAUUGGGACACAGACAACAACAAACCUGGUGAAAUGAUCGCCAAGCACGUCGAUCUUUUGUUGAAGGGAGGCGUGAAGGCUGUGCCUCGACUCCAAGUAAAGAAGGCGGAUGCUGCCAAACCCGAGGAAGAGCACGACUUCGACGAAGGUGCAGCAGAUGAGGACGCUGAAAUCAACCAACACUUGUCGAAUGCCCUUGACCUCUUCCGUUUCGUCCACGGUAAAGCAGUUUUCGAAGCAUUCUACAAGAAAGACCUGGCACGACGAUUGUUGAUGGGUCGAAGUGCAUCCUUCGAUGCCGAGCGAAACAUGCUCACCCGUCUGAAGAAUGAAUGUGGCGCCGCUUUCACGCACAACCUCGAGUCCAUGUUCAAGGACAUGGAUCUCGCUCGCGAGGAAAUGAUGUCGUACAACCAACUUCUCAACGACCGAGGCACGAAACCUGUGCCAGAUCUCUCCGUCAAUGUUCUCUCAGCGGCUGCCUGGCCCACAUAUCCCGAUGUCGCAGUUAACAUUCCGACUUCCAUAGCCAAAGUCAUGUCCGACUUCGAAACGCACUACAAGGCGAAGCACAGCGGCCGCAAAUUGACGUGGAAACACCCCCUAGCACAUUGUCAGCUCCGCGCCAAGUUCCCGAAGGGGAACAAGGAACUCGUGGUCUCAGGCUUCCAAGCCAUUGUCCUGCUGCUUUUCAACGAUAUCCCCGCUGACAAGCAUUUGUCUUAUACCGAGAUCAGGGCUUCGUCAGGCUUAGUAGAUGCCGAACUCAAGCGCACAUUGCAGAGUCUUGCGUGUGCCAAGUACCAAGUCCUCAGGAAACAUCCUAAGGGCCGCGACAUCAACGAGACUGACACAUUCACUUUCAACGCAGGCUUCACGGACGCCAAGCUGCGCGUCAAAAUCAACCAGAUCCAGCUGAAGGAGACGAAGGAGGAAAACAAAGAAACUCACCAGCGUGUCGCGGCGGAUCGGCACUAUGAAACGCAAGCGGCCAUUGUGCGCAUCAUGAAGAGUCGCAAGAAGAUUGGGCACAACGAUUUGAUUGUCGAGGUCAUCAAGGCGACCAUGUCGCGUGGCGUCUUGGACCAGGCGGAUAUCAAGAGGAAUAUUGAGAAGUUGAUCGAGAAGGACUACAUGGAGCGCGACGAGGGCAAUUCGUACUCUUAUGUUGCGUGAGGUCGUAUGCGAGAUGCACGAAAUGGUACUAUGCUAGUAGAACUCACGAAAGGAUUUGUCCUGCACAAUUUCAGGGUAUGAUCUGCUUGCUUGCACCUUUGCUUAGUUGGAAACUGUGCAUGCGAAUUCGAUGUGCAAUGGCCAAUGGAUGUCUAUAAUGAACACAGAACUUCAAGACUGAACGUAGUG